AUGAGCGAGUUUCUGCCUGAGCCGGAUGUGCAGACGAUUGAAUAUGUCAUCGCUGGCGCUUCCGGCGAACACAGUAACGGAUACGUGCCGGAGAACAUCAUCCUUGACCGUCCGCGCGACCAGAACAGCAGGUGGAGCGGCACGCUCGUCACAACCCCCGCUCACAAUCCCGCCCCCAAUAAGCAAUGGAUCCGACUCAAGCUGAAACAGACGUCCAUUCUCAAGGGCAUCACUUUUGGCAAGUUUUACAAGAGCCACCCAUGUAAUAUGAAGGAGUUCAAAGUUCUGGUCGGAAUGCAUGAGACCAACAUGACGGAAAUCCUCCAUGCAAAUCUCAGGAACGACACUGCAGCGGAGACCUUUUCUCUCAAGUCAAUUAGCCCCGUCGGAAUGCCAUUUCCUACAAGAUUUGUUGAGAUUGUACCGCUGACUGGGCAUGGUCCUACCUUCAACACCUCCAUCUGGCACGUCUCAUUAUCUGGCAUCACCGACGAGGCAUAUGUGGAAAGGAUACGCAUGAAACAGCAAGAGUAUCGUGAAACACUCACACUCAGGCAGAUGCUCAAACACCUCCGCCAGCGCCGCUUCCUCACUCCCAUCGCGCAGAUCCUCUCCCGCGUCGGCGUCCAGCUGGAGCACACUCUCCUCACCGAUCUCCACGCGGCCUUCGUCCUCCGUGGGGACUGGUCCGGCUCAGAGAAGCUCCUCCGCGACUGCGCAGCGGCAGGUCUCCUCACCCGCUUCCGCCACGCCUGCCCCGCGCACGCGCGCUGGACACGCAUCCGCGGGCUCGACCCCGACGGCGACGUCCCCUGCCGGCGCGGGGGCCACGCGAUGUGCAUCGACGACGCCGCGCGGAGGGUCUACCUCUUCGGCGGCUGGGACGGCCAGCGCUCGCUCGACGACUUCUGGGCGUACGACGUCGCCGCGGAUUCGUGGCGUCUGCUGAGCCUCGCGACGAGCCGCGAGCCGGGCGGACCGUCCCCGCGCGCGUGCCACAAGAUGGUGUUCGACGACGCGACGGGCGCGAUCUACCUCCUCGGCCGCUUGGGCGAUGCGGACCCGGGUGAGACGCACAGGCCGCGGGGGGCGAGCGGCGCACACGCGGGCACGGGCGGCGGGCCCCCGCAGGCCGCCCCGCCGACGGACGCCGAGACGGCGCGGAACCGUGCGGCGGCGAUGGCGUCGACUGCGGCGCCCUUUGGCGGGGCGUGGCCGUCGCACUGCUCCGAGUUCUUCCGAUACCAGACGCGCGGGCCCGACGCCGGGAAGUGGGAGCGGCUCACGAACGACACCGCGGCGUCCGGCGGGCCGCCGCUCGUAUACGACCACCAAAUGUGCAUCGACAGCGAGAAGCAGAUCAUCUACGUGUCUGGGGGGCGCGUCGUGGGUGAGCAUGAAGCGCUCAGGUUCUCCGGGAUCUACAGCUACGACAUCCGCGCGAGCAGAUGGAAGAUGUACAACAUAUCCGACACGUACGCCGCGCACCCAUACAUUGUUCCUCGUUGGGGGCAUUCCAUGGUCUUCGACCCCACCUUCCAGACGCUGUUCAUCUUCGCCGGCCAGCGCGACGAGAACUACCUCGCCGACAUGUACGCCUUCCACAUCCCGACGAACACCGUCACCGAGCUCUUCGCCAACUUCUCGCUCGCCGGCGGCCCGCUCCCGUGCUUCACCCAGCGCGCGGUGAUCGACCCAUCGAAGCGCGAGAUCUACGUCCUCUGCGGGCUCACCCGCCGCAACGGCACGGCGCACCCCGAGCUCGAGGCCGAGGGGUCAUACUGGAUCUACCGCUACGAGCGCCCGGAGCUGCCGGGCAGGUGGUCGAAGAUUUUGCCCAGGGGAGAUAAGGAGAAGGAGAAGGAGAAGAAGACGGAGGAGGGCGAGGGGGAGACGCCGCAGCCGCGGUAUGCGCACCAGGUAGUGUACGACGCGACGAGCGGGUCCGUCUUGAUGCAUGGAGGGAACGCGGGGGUUGGCAGGGACGCGGAUGAGAAGGUCGAGGAGCCGGCGGCCCGUACGGAUGGGGAGGCGGGGGCGCCUGCCGCGGCGGAGGGCGGGGAGCACCGGCUGGACGAUUUCUGGCAUCUGGAGAUCGUGAGGCCAAGCGACGAGGAGAUUGUUCGUCGGGCGGUAUAUGAGGUCCGGCAACAGCAAUUCCGCGAGAUGUGCGAAGACGGGCCGCCGAUCAAGGCCCUCACUUUCAUCCAGACACGCGUCUCCUCAGUCGUGAACCACAGCGACCCCGAAGAGGCCCGGACGUUCCGCGCGCUCUUCUCCACCCACCUCCUCGCGGCGCCCAGUCGCAUGCUGCCUUCCGCCGCCUCCGGGGCCCCCUCUUCCUCCUCCAGAGUCGCCACGCCCACGCCCGCCACCAUCGCUCUGCCCUCCGCCGCCGGCGCACCCCAGCGCGCGGACACCCCACCUCCGCGCAAGCGGUCGCGCCCGAACACGCCCGAACCCGACAGGGAACGGGGCUCGGUGAUCAAGUGGGACACGGACCCGGCGGAGCUCGAGGAGGCGGGGGCGAGCCCGCCGUCGCCGGAGCGAUACCGGCAGCGGACGCAGAUGUUCGAGCGGCUGCUCGCGUUCGUGAACGAGGACGCGAAGGAGCCGGGGACGGAUCUCGUGGACAUGCUGGCCACGGACGGGUUUGUGAUUUGA